ACGUUACGCAUUUCAAAAUUUCCUUUAAUCCUUCCCGACCCCACGUAAAAACUUAAUAACUCAAAACUCACCCUAAACUUUUAACAUCAUACUCUCCCAACUCCCAAAUUGAUCCAACAACCCAGAAGCGCUUGUUAUUUUCAUAUUUACAAAAAUUCACGUUCUAAAUCGGAAAACCAACUGGUCGGCGACGAGCAGUGCUGCAAAAAUUGCAGUGAAGGUGUGGAAUGAUGAUGGAUAGAGAGAAGGAGAGGGAGAGGGAGUUAGAGAGUGCAAUGUACACUAACUGUUUGUUAAUAGGUUUGGAUCCAUUGAUCAUUGGAAUUGUAGCGAAUAAUGGCGCACCUCGUGUUGGAUUUUUUCGUCAUUCUAACCCUAAAUUGGGUGAACAGCUUCUUUACUUUCUUCUUUCUUCUCUUAGAGGUCCUGCUCAAUCCGCCAAGGAUUUCGAUAAGGUCUGGCCAAUAUUUGAUUCAGCGCAGUCUCGUGAUUUUCGCAAGGUUGUGCAAGGAAUUAUAAGCGAGUUGGAAUCGCAAGGUGCACUUCCUAGAAGCAAUUCGAGGGUCUCAUCUCUUGCUACAUGCUGUGGACCAAGAUUUGUCGAACUUCUGUGGCAACUCUCACUACAUGCUUUGAGGGAAGUUCACAGGCGAACAUUUGCUGCUGAUGUUGCUUCUAACCCCUUACCUGCUUCAUUGACGGAUGUUGCUUUCUCACAUGCAGCCACCUUGCUUCCUGUAACCAAGGCUAGGAUUGCUCUUGAAAGAAGAAGGUUUCUGAAAAAUGCAGAAUUAGCUGUUCAUAGACAGGCUACGUGGUCUAAUUUGGCUCAUGAGAUGACAGCUGAGUUUCGAGGCCUUUGUGCUGAAGAUGCUUAUUUGCAGCAAGAACUUGAAAAACUGCAUGAUGUUAGAAAUAAAGUAAAGUUGGAAGGUGACCUGUGGGAUGAGCUUGUAUCAAGCUCAAGUCAAAACUCGCGUAUGGUCCAAAGAGCUACUCGCUUGUGGGACUGUUUGCUAUCUCGCCAGAAUCAGCACGAGAUUCUUGCUUCUGGCCCAAUAGAGGAUCUUAUAGCUCAUCGUGAGCAUAGAUAUCGCAUAUCUGGGUCGGCUUUGCUUGCAGCCAUGGAUCAAAGUUCUGCAGCUCCACCUCGUGAUUUAGUUUCAUCACAUCCAGAUUAUGAAGAACUAUCUGAAGGAUCACCAGCAGAUGUAAAUAGAGAAAUGCAUGUGAACAAUCCUGAUUCUUCUCAUACUCAAGCAAAUAAAGAGAGAUUUUCUCGAGUUGAUGAAAGGACUGCUAGAGGCCAUCCAACUAUUGAUAUAUCUGAAGUGUUGAGGCGCUGGACACAUGCCUUGCAAAGAAUUCAUAAGCAGUCACUUCAAUUAGCAAAAGUAAAUGAUGGAGAGGGUCCAGAGCUUCUGAGAAGCUCACAUGAUGGUGGUACGAGCGGUCACGCAGAAUCCUUGAGUGCAACACUUGCUGAACAUCGGCAGCACCUAGCAAGUAUACAGGUGCUCAUAAAUCAACUGAAGGAAGUUGGUCCAGCUAUUCAGAAUUCAAUUUUACAGCUUACGGAAGAAGUUAAUAGUGUCUCAUCCACUCUUCUCCCCAUGGCCGAACAUCAUGCUAGAUCUCAUUCACUGGUCCAAGCACAGAGUAGCAGAAGGACGUUGGAGAACAGCACUGGUGAGGUAGCUGAGAUGACCUCAAAAAUGUCAUCCAUGCAUUUUGAAAAGGCAUCAGCCAGUUCCCCUGCUUUAAAACUCCCACUUUUGUUUAGUUUAACAUCAAAUUCUUCCGGAAAAGGUGGGAACAUGCAGAAGAGACAGGUCUCAGCUCUAGCCAGCCAAAUAGAAAAUAUGCAUGAGAAAAAAUCUCCAGAUCUGCCAAUUUCAAUUAAUUCAAUGGAUAAUCCUCCACAAGAUGAUGACACUAGCUUUGUCCAAAAUUUGAAGAGAUCUGUCAGAGAAGCUGCACUUUCCUCUCAGUCUUACUAUCCGGAAUCAUCUCAAGAUAGCCAUUCUGAUGAUAGCUCCGAGCACUAUUUUAUACCUGUAUCAGGGGUUGGGCUUUCUCAUUUUGGUAACAAAUCAAACUUAUUGAGAAGUAAAAAGCUGCCCACACCUGAAACUGAUUCAUCUUUUUGUGGGAAUCAUGCUCCACACAGUCAUGUGGGCAUCAAGUCAGAGGGACUUCCUCACUUAUUAAAUGAUUCUCUUGAUGACUAUGAUGGCAUAGAUGGUUUUCUUUCGACCAUGGGUUCGAAUUCUUCAGUUUCUGAUGCUUGCAGGUCAUUUUAUGAUAUGGAGGAAGCUGACGAUCAAGUAUUUUCUCCUCCUUUGCUUAUGGAUAUGUCACUGUUGGCAGAUUCGUACGAAGAUUUACUUGCACCUUUAUCAGAAACUGAAACUGCAUUAAUGAAGCACUGAGAUUAAAGCUCAAAUAACCUUGCUGGCUGCUGCUCAGCCUGCAACAGAUGUUCAGAACCUUGUACCUCCUAUUUUCAGAGGCUUGGAAUAACCUCCUAACUUUCACAUCUUCCUUUGUUCAUUCAUUUAUGUGUAUCCUCUUUAUGGCAUUUCAUCUUAUUCCGAGGGGCAGAGGGAACUUGACAUCUCAAAAUUUCUCAAGUAAAUCUGGAUUCAUAAGAAUAGAGCUCUUUUGGAGGAGAUCAUCAGAACUGUCCCAAAUGUGUAAUGUACACUCGCCCUGAAGGGAAAAAGUGCUGUGUUGCUGUUGUGAGCUACACUUCCAUCUGUUGGCAGUUAAGCUUUGAUAUGUUCAAUACACUGUCGUAUUGUAGAUAAGUAUUUAUUAUGCCUUUAUUUGUUCCAGACAGUAAAGAAUUUGUUCAGUUACUUCAUGGAUGGGAAAAAGUGAGUCUCCAUAAUGCAGCUGCAAAACCUCGUAGUUCUUCCUGGUUAUGCAUUAGCAGGCCUGUGUAUAAGCUACUCCAGCUUUCUGGUGAAGAAUUUAAACUUAUAUCCUACAUUCUUUGGUGUGUUUGUACUUGGAAACUACUUCCACGUCUCUUAGUUUGUAGUUUGUACAACUAUAAGUACAAAGUUUUUUAUCAGCUUUUGCUGUAGUUAUCUUUCUAGUUUCUCCUGUCAUUGUCUUCCCUCUGUGAACUUAAUCAUGAUGCACUUGAAUCCCUGUAGUAUUCCAUUUUAUCUUUUGAUUUCUCGCACUAA